GGAGGAGCUUUUUGGGAUUAUGAUCCUCCCGUCCGCUGGCUUCGCCCCGCUGGUACUCCGCAGCGCGUCGUCGCUCCUCUGGUCUUCUCGAGCUCGCCAACUCGCCGUCCGGCCGCCACGGACGAACGAAGGUUCGGUCAGCGUGGACGUCCUUCCAACUCCCUGCUGCCAUGGAGGAAGGCGCAUCCCCCCACCGUGUAGCGCCCUGGUACCCCUGCAUUCCCUUCAUUCACUGAGUCCUGCAGUAGUAGUUGGUUGCGCCAUGGACGGAGAGGAUCGUGAGUCAGAGCAAUGGAGGUGCGCCGGCUUAGGGAUUGACAUACCAGGCGACCCCCCUGCUCAUAGGCCCCUUCUUCCACCUCUGGAUGCAUCAUUUGCAGAUGGUUUACAAAUUGAUUGGGUCUCCAUAGAAAUUGAAGGUGGUAAAGGAAAGAAAAAAGUAUCUGGAAAUGAAAAUGAAAAUGAGAGAAAGAUACUAAGAGGAAAGAUAAAGUGCCCAAAUUGUGGUCAACUAGGUCAUCGGAAAGCAAGCCCAAAAUGCCCCCUUAAUGGAACUAAAAAGAGAAAACGAAAACCAAGGAUGAAUACCACAAAACAGUGGUUUCCCAAAGAAAACAUGGCUGGUCCUGUUCCUAGUGUUGUUGCUGGUGCUGUUCCUAGUGCUGUUCCAGGUGUCAACACCCCAACUGCAGAAGCUGGCCUUUCAUCGCCUCCAAGAAAGAUUAGAAGAGUCGUACGCAAGAUUACACCGAAGAAGAAAGCCUCACUGCUGCUGCAGUUUGAAUCUGUCUAAUCUGUCUUGGACCUGUUUUAAGAACUUGUAUGUGUAAUCUGUGUGAACAUGUGAACCUGUUUGAUACAUGUUGGAAAGUGCAACGCCAAAAUUGAUUCUGUUGCUGCAA